AUGAGGACUUCUUUGGCAUUGCUGUUCACAGCGCUUGCUCAGCGAGCUGUCUCGACACGCACUCCACUCCUCCAAUGGGACCCCGAUACGGUCUACGACUUCACUCCAGCAGAGUUUCAUGAAUGGAACCCUUCAGUUGGCCUUGAUUGCAAGCCCUGGCGUUUCCAAUCCUACUGCACCAUCACUCAAAGAAAACUGGACGCCUGGAAACCAAAGACAACUUCCUCACAGGUGACCACCACCACUACGAGCACAACUUCUUCUUCUUCUUCUUCUUCUUCCGCGCCUUCCCCCACCGCCUGGAACGCACUGGGCUGCUAUGCCCAGUAUCCAACCCACCCGCUCCUAGAGCAGAAUUUGAAUGCAGACGGAGAUGCAGCUCUGACUGUUGCAAAGUGCAAGGAUAGUUGCUACCGCCGCGUCUUUACCUACGCAGGUGUACAGGGGGGCAAUCAGUGUUGGUGCAGCAGCUUCGUAGGCGGAGAGUGGACGGAGAAUCAGAGUGACUGCAACGUUCCUUGUACGGGUAAUGAAGCGGAGAUGUGUGGAGGCAAGGGCGUUUUUGAUGUUUUUGAGGCGGUGCAGGAGGAUGUGCUUGCUGCUGCUACCACUGCUACUAGUACUACUACUGAGAGAAAGAGUGUAGAGACUGUUAGCACGAGUUUCAAGACUGCUACUACGAGCAAUAGUGCUGUAAGCAGUGGUGCCGUGAGCAACGGUGCCAUCAGGAACAUGCCUCUCUUCGGCAUGAGGUUUUAG